GGGGAGGAUCUGCGCAGCCGCUGCCCGGAGCCUGGGCCUCGCACGGGUUCCAUUAGCGGGGGUCCAAGAUGGCGGCGUUUUCAGAGAUGGGUGUAAUGCCGGAAAUUGCCCAGGCUGUAGAGCAGAUGGACUGGCUUCUCCCAACAGAUAUCCAAGCUGAGUCCAUCCCUUUGAUUCUGGGUGGUGGUGAUGUGCUAAUGGCAGCAGAAACGGGCAGUGGAAAAACUGGAGCUUUCAGCAUACCUGUUAUACAGAUUGUAUAUGAAACACUCAAGGACCAUGAAGAAGGCAAGAAAGGGGGGAAAACAUCUGUGAAGACUGGUGGUGCAGUGUUCAACAAGUGGCAGAUGAACCCCUAUGAUAGAGGAUCAGCCUUUGCUAUUGGAGCUGAUGGCAUGUGCUGUCAGAGCAGGGAAGUAAAAGAAUGGCAUGGAUGUAGAUCCACAAAGGGAGUGACCAAGGGAAAAUAUUACUAUGAAGUACAUUGCCAUGACCAAGGCUUGUGCAGAGUUGGUUGGUCUACCAUGCAGGCUUCACUGGAUUUGGGUACUGACAAAUUUGGCUUUGGAUUUGGUGGAACUGGAAAGAAGUCCCAUUCCAAACAGUUUGAUAGCUACGGAGAGGAAUUUACAAUGCAUGAUACCAUUGGGUGCUACAUUGAUUUUGAUAAAGGGUCUAUAAAGUUUUCAAAAAAUGGGAAAGACCUUGGACAUGCCUUUGAUAUACCUCCACAUGUAAAGAACCAAGCCUUAUUUGCCUCAUGUGUUUUAAAGAAUGCUGAGCUCAAAUUCAACUUUGGUGAAGAAGAAUUCAAAUUCCCUCCAAAAGAUGGCUUUACAGCACUUGACAAGGCUAUUGAUGGUCACGUUGUAAAGUCACAACAUACUGGUACUGCACAGGUGACUCAAGCUAAGAACUUACCAAAUGCUCCAAAGGCACUUAUUAUUGAACCAUCAAGAGAACUGGCUGAACAAACACUCAAUAACGUCAAGCAGUUCAAGAAAAAUGUUACUGAUCCCAAACUAAGGGAGCUUCUGAUUAUUGGUGGUGUUUCUGCAAAAGAUCAGCUGGCUGUCCUGGAACAAGGAGUGGACAUUGUUGUUGGAACUCCUGGAAGAAUAGAUGACCUUGUCUCAACAGGAAAACUGAAUCUGUCCCAAGUUAGAUUCUUGGUGCUAGAUGAAGCUGAUGGGUUGCUCACUCAAGGCUACUCUGACUUCAUUUCAAGAAUACAUUCUCAGAUCCCUCAAGUGACAUCUGAUGGCAAGAGGCUCCAGGUGAUUGUUUGCUCUGCCACUCUGCAUUCAUUUGAUGUUAAGAAGCUGUCAGAGAAGAUCAUGCAUUUCCCAACCUGGGUAGAUCUUAAAGGAGAGGAUUCUGUUCCUGAAACCGUACAUCAUGUUGUUCUUCGAGUUAAUCCAAAAACAGAUCAUCACUGGGAGAAACUUGGGCGGCAUAUCCGGACCGAUGAAGUUCAUGCAAAAGAUAACACAAGACCUGGUGCCAAUUCUGCAGAGAUGUGGUCAGAAGCUAUUAAAGUACUAAAGGGCGAAUAUACAGUCCGUGCAAUCAAGGAACACAAGAUGGAUCAAGCGAUCAUUUUUUGCAGGACAAAGAUUGACUGUGAUAACAUGGAACAGUAUUUUAUUCAGAUGGGAGGAGGACCAGAUAAAAAGGGACAUCAGUUUUCUUGUGUCUGUUUGCAUGGUGAUAGAAAACCAAAUGAAAGAAAGCAAAACUUGGAAAGAUUCAAGAGAGCGGAUGUAAGACUCCUGAUCUGUACUGAUGUUGCAGCCAGAGGAAUUGACAUCCGUGGAGUUCCUUUUGUAAUUAACGUGACUCUUCCUGAUGAAAAACAAAACUAUGUUCAUCGGAUUGGUAGAGUGGGCAGAGCUGACAGGAUGGGUCUAGCCAUUUCCUUGGUGGCAACUGAGAAAGAAAAGGUUUGGUACCAUGUAUGUGCAUCUCGUGGAAGAGGUUGCUACAACACCAGACUGAAAGACCAGGGUGGAUGCACCAUAUGGUACAAUGAAAUCCAGCUGUUGACCGACAUCGAAGAUCACUUGAAUGUUGUCAUCACUCAAGUUGAGCCUGACCUGAAAAUACCAGUGGACGAAUUUGAUGGCAAAGUAGUCUAUGGAAAGAAAAGAGCAUUAGGAGGUGGGCAGUACAAGGGCCACGUUGAUGCUUUGGCUUCCACAGUACAAGAGCUGGCUGCCCUUGAAAAGGAGGCUCAAUCCUCUUUCUUACAUUUUGGCUUUCUUCCCAAUCAACUGUUCAGUCGCUUUUGAUUGUGACAUGUGUCUCAGUUUAGUGCAACAAAGAAGCUGACAAGUUACAAAAGUUUAAAAAUGUUUAUUACUGCAAAGCAACAUGUAGGAAUGGUUAACGAUCACUACUGUCUAUAUGUCGACCUAUUUUCUGUUUUUGAAUGAUUAACCACACUUACACAUGGGCUUAAUGUGCUAGUGAAACAUCAAGUGUUAGAAUUGCUCUAGUGAAUAAAAUGAUCAAAAAUUA